AUGCAUAUCCUCCAGCUCUUCCUAUUCCUAGUCUUCGUCCUCGCCACCUCGGCCGAAACAGACGCUGGUUCCAGCGAGGUCUUCCUGCCCAAAAAGAGUUACUUCAACAGGAAGAAGCGAUCGAUAGAUUUCUACGGUCGUAAGAAUCACUUUUCGACACCAUUGUGAGAAAUAAAGUGUUGUGAAUCGAUUUUCGAGGAUCUUCCAAGUUGAGAUUUGAAUUCUCAAAGUGGGAUGCUUGUCGAGGUUUUGCUCAGAUUUCCUAACAAGGAAAGUCGUUUUACUUUGAAGUUGGGAUUCUUGAAAGUUGCGCCAUGAAAGUCCUUCAAGAAAGAGAUCCUGAAAGUCUCGUUUUUCUCAAGGACUAGGACAUUUUUCCGGUUGAGGACUUCAUGACCUUCAUUUGGUACUUCCAGGACUAUCCAAGCUAAUUUUCGAAAAGUUCCUGACCUUUUAAUAACAUUAGGCAGUGCUCUGAAUUGUUUUCUGAGACCCCUUUCCGUUCCCAUUGUCUGAUAAGAGGUCUCUGAGAACCAACCCGACACGGCUUUACGGUAUAAAAGAAGGGGAAAUUCUAAAUUUGACAGAAAUGCACUUCCUCCAGCUUUUCCUAUUCCUUGCCUUCGUCCUGGCUACCUCGGCGAUCUAUAUCGACGUCGAAGCCGAUGAUUCUGACGAAGUCGUGUUCGUCAAACGAGACAGGACUGGUGGAAUAAGAAGGCCAGAAGGACGAUUCUUCAGAAAUUUCCACAAGGCUCGCGAUUAUCCUCCUUGGAAUUUGUAA